AACAAAAUAAAGUGCUUAAUUUUACAGACAAUAUGCAAAAAAAGAAAAUGACAGUGUCAGGAAAAGUUGUUGAACUGCGUAUGCAACGUGACUUGUUUGGCCAAUUUUUAUGCAUAUCUUUGCAAAAAUCUCUAGAUAUAGAUAAAGUUUUAAUAUAUCCUCUAACGCCAGUGCCAUUAUCAAUGUGUCACAUGGAUGGAUCUAUUUGCAAAACUAAUAAGGCAGCUCUAUUAAAAGUACUCGAGCAGCAGAUUGAGCCGCAUACUCCGGAGCAUACUAACGUGAAGGUGUUCGAUGGAUUUUUUAUGCUUCAUUUGAUGAGGGAAAUUCCAGCUACUUACGGAAACAUAUCUACUAAAAUUUUAAGUAUGUUUUGUUCUAAUAAUGCGGAAGUUGUAGUAAUCGCCUUUGAUAGGUACAUUUUUCCUUCAAUCAAAGAUAAUGAACAUUCUUUAAGAGGAAUGCAAGUCACACAAUUCCACAUCGAGGGACCAGAUCAAAUACGUUCUUCUGAUUUCAGUAACGACUUGAAAAACGCUAAUUUUAAAGAGGCGUUAGUGAAUUUUAUUAUACAGCACUGGACACUUGAUCACGCAGCACCUUUCAUUGGCAAUAAAACUAUUUAUAUUAAUUAUGAUCAGUGCUAUAAAUAUAAAGUAAAUAAUGGCCAUGUAGAAAGGACACACGAUGUUUUAUUAAGCUGCCCAGCGCAUGAAGAAGCGGAUACGAAGAUAGUUUUCCACGUCUGUCAAAUAGAUUACGACGCACAUGUCACGAUAAGAUGCUCGGAUACUGACGUGGCCAUUAUAAUGCUUUCUAACAUGAGUGCCUUAAGUAACGCUGAUGUUAAAGUUUCAAUGGAAGCCGGAGUCGGUAAUAAUCAGCGCUUUAUUAACAUUAGCAAGUUGUAUGAAACGUUGGGCCCUAAAUUAAGCGCCGCGCUGCCGGCUUUCCAUGCAUUGACGGGUUGCGACUAUAAUCCGUCAUUUUUCAAGAAAGGAAAAAGCCGGCCGUAUAAAAUUUUACAAAACUCAGAACGUUUUAUCGAUAGUUUUAUCAAACUAAGCAACGCACCUGACGACGAGUUGCAGAAUACGUUUGAUAUUAUAGAAGAAUAUGUUUGUCGUAUGUAUGGAUUCAAAAAAAUCAACAAAGUCAAUGAAGCACGAGUUGCAACAUUUUUGAAGACGUACAAGGUUUUACAAAACGAUGACAUAUUCCGGUUACCGAAGAAUAAUAUCGACGGAUCAGCUCUGCCUCCCUGCAAAAUUGAGCUGCACCAACAUUUGCUGCGGACAACAUACAUAGCAAAUAUUUGGGCACAUGCUCAUCUUCAGGUUCCAACGGCAUUACAUCCGACUGAUUUUGGAUGGGAAGAAGAUGAGGGAAAAUUCAAUUUUAAAUGGUUCGAGGGUGACCAGCUACCCGCUACCCUUGGUGAUAUAACUAUCGAUGAUGGCGAUGACCAAAAAAGUACUGAAGAUCCUGACGAAGAUCUUUCACGGGUCGACAUCGCUGUCAGUGAUAAUGACAGCGAUAAUGAGUACGAUGGCGAUGAAUCCGAAGAAAGCGAAAUUUAAAAUAUUAGCUAUUCACGUAUUAGCACACUAUGUAUAUUUAUUUUGAAUUUUAGUAUGCUUUUUGUAAAUAAAUAAUACAUUUUUAAGUAAUUAAUAGUAAACCUACUUUUUAUUAUCCUCCUUUAGAGCAGAAAAGUUAUACGUAUCUAUCAUCCAAUAACUGCAUGGACGGCACGCUGUGUUUAAUGAGAAAAGUAUAGAUAUCUGAUACCGCAAGAGC